ACCGAAGUGUCGUGUAUAAAAAGUAUGAAAUUAAAACAACUCUCCUGAAAUCAUUAAUUUAGCUGAUCAAUAUUUUUUUCCCCAAAACUCUCCUCUCAUGAGUAUGACUCUCUUCGUCGUCGAUAUUGAUCAGCUAGAUUAGACGGGUCUUUUUUCCAUUCAGCCCGAGCUUUCUCUUGGUCGAAUAUCUUUUUGAGCGGUAUAAGCUUCCUUGAUCAAUCGUAUAAGGCAAUGAGGAUGUCAAUGUUCAAGAGUCUGAGAUUGAGCGCUGUAAUAUUGGGACUGUGCAAUUUGGGGGUGGUGAUCGUUGGAGGGUAUCUCGUGUUCCUUUCUUGUGACCGUGGAAGGAUGGUCCCUGUAGUGGCUGUUUCCUUGGCUGGGGCGCUCAAAAUCUUCGCAAUGGUCCGCUCUGCACUCGCACAGCAAGCCACCGCCAGGACAAUUCUUGAUUCUCCCCUAGAAACCACAAUUGCCGACACUGUCAUUCGCCUUCAGAGACGGGUUAGGUACAAAUCAUGGCUUUGGUGGAGCCGUUUUGCCGUAGUCAUUACGGUGCUGCAAGUUGUGGGUACAACUUACCUUGUGUUCCAAUUAGCUAAACAUAUUUCUCGGGAUGUAACAUCCACUGAUUGUCUUUUUGGGGUAGAUUCAAUUGGUAACCAACAAAAGCCAAAAUUGCUCCUUCUAUUCAUGAUCAUGGUUUAUUUUGUUGCAUUAUUGCAAUGUUUUGUGGGACCUGAGGUUCUACGAUGGAGGUCUUUUUAUGCAACCCAAGAUAAUGCAUGGAAAGCUCAUUAUGAAGAGGUGUUUGAUCAUGGUAUACGUGAGGCUUUGUGCUGUCUGGGACGUGUUGAAUAUUUGAGUACAUCAGAAGAGGAUGAAGUUUAUUCAGUGGCACAGUUAUUGGGGGACCUAGUUACCUAUCGUGCAUCGGGCACUGGACAUUUGGAACUAUUGGCAGGUCUAGCAUUAUUGCAGAGGCAAAGCGAAUCCCCAAAAAGUUAUGAAGGGUUGGAGGCACCUGAAGAGCAGAUUAAGUGGGCUCUCAAUUUCCAUACAUUUGCUGAAGGUGCUUACACGGGUCCAUUACUUGACGUUGGAAGAAGUCCGAUAUGUUUUUCUUGUGCUUGGUUCUACCGACAAGGGACUUUGACUCCUUGGACUCGUAACAGGAGACCUAGACUUCAUGGCGAUAAUUGGUGGCGAGGUCAUGCUGCAGCCUUUCUAAAGUAUGUUGAUGUGCCACCUGAAGCUCUUCGCAAGGGACGCGUUUGCCAGAAAAAGCGUGAAGCUGCAUACUUUGUUGUGGUUCUGCAUCAUAUAAGAUGUGUAGUGAUUGCAGUACGGGGUACUGAGACCCCUGAAGAUCUAAUUACUGACGGCUUAGGCAGGGAAUGCCCCCUUUCUGUGGAAGACUUAGAUGGAUUGAUAAAUAGCAGUUACAUAGAUCCUGAUGUGAAGAAAAGUGUGGAAUCAUCUUUCCCACACUAUGGGCAUUUUGGUAUAGUUGGGGCUGCACGGGAUCUUUACAUGCAUAUUGAAGGAAAUUCCGCCAAUAAUGGACCUGAAUCAAUUGGCUUCCUUUCUUCAUUGCUGGGAGCUGGAUGUGAGUGCGAUGGAUAUGAUCUCCGUAUAGUGGGACAUUCCUUGGGAGGCGCCAUUGCUACAAUGCUAGGACUAAGACUUUAUAGCAAAUUCGCAAAUUUACAUGUCUAUACAUAUGGGGCUCUUCCUUGCGUGGACUUCAUUGUUGCGAGUGCAUGCUCUGAAUUUGUUACAAGCAUUGUAUACAACAAUGAAUUUUCUGCACGCCUUUCUGUGGGAGCAAUCCUAAGGCUUCGUGCAGCUGUAAUUACAACACUCUCACAGGAUGAAAGUACUGAUACGGCCUUGAUCUUCAGACUUGCACGCUCAUUUCUCAAAGCAAGCAAGUAUCAACUUAGCGGGACGGAGGUAAAGGAUCCAUCAAAAAUUCAUCCCAGCGCACAUGUGCAUCACAUCUAUGGGGAGAAUUUGGAAAAUGGUCAAGAGUACUCCAUCUGGAAUGAGGAUGACGGAAAAGGACAUGUUGAUGAUGAUGAAUCUACUAAUCCUUUUCAUGACAUGAUUGCUGAUAACAAUCCAUUGGAAGAUCCUGUAUCUAAAUUCUUUGAAACUGUCCCCAGAUCUGAAAAUAGGUCUGUUCACCAUCCACUGGAGAUGUUUUUGGCAGGCCUUGUAGUUCAUAUAGUACCUCAACAUAGAAACUUCAGGGUACCACUAUGCAAAGACUGGAUAAUCCAAGGUGGGGCAGAUGAUUACAAAGCCUAUAUAGCUAACAGAGAAAGCUUCAAUGAUAUUACCGUGUCCCCAUCUAUGUUCCUUGACCAUCUCCCUUGGAGAUGUCACAAAGCGAUGCAAAAGAUAUUGGAGGCUCGAAAUGUCGAAAGCAUGCAUGUAUGACAGAAUGUAAGUUAUAAAACAAACCUAUCACGGAGAAUGCCAACGUGCUUGUUCUGGACAACUCCAACUAGGAUGGAACGAUCAGCGAAGACAUGGAAGCCAAAGUGCCUGUGCCUGCCUGUGAUCUCGUCUCUUAUCACCAGUCACCAAAAAGUGGCUGUAUGGAGAGAAUUGGGGGACGACUUAAUACAUUAAUCAAUAAUAGAUAAAUUUCGAAAUUCAUUCCUGCGACUUUUAGGGUAUCGGCUUGGAAAUGGGGUCUUGUAUUCCCUGUUCAUGCAGGUAAUGGAAGGAGCUUGCUGGGAACGUGUACAGUUUAGGUGCAUACCAACAUUAAUUGGUACAAUCCCCUGUUUCCUCUUAAUGUUGGAGAAAACAAUCACAAAGUAAAUGUAUCAGAGCCUCUUGAGGGCAGUAAAUUACUGUAUCAGAGACAUUUGUUGGAGACAAAAUUUCUAAUACCAGCUUCAGCCCUCCA